UAUUGUUUGCUUAAGCCCAAUAAUUAUUUGCAAAAUUAGAUCUCCAAACAAGCCCAAUUCAACAUUAACGUCAACAUUCCCGCAAAAUCCCACCCACACUCUCUCCGCCGGGAACUGAGAUUCUUCGCCGUCGCUUUCUAUUUUUCGAUAUGGCUCAUCCACCGCCGUACGAGCCUUUCUACCUGGCUGCGCCGCCUCCGGAAUACAAUUAUGCUCCCGGCGAUAGAAACGGAAUCAACACUCUCUUCGUCUCCGGUCUCCCCGACGACGUGAAGGCGCGCGAGAUUCACAACCUCUUCCGCCGCCGUCCCGGUUUCGAGUCCUGCCAGCUCAAAUACACCGGUCGCGGCAAUCAGGUUGUGGCGUUUGCGACCUUUGUGAAUCAUCAAUCGGCAAUGGCAGCCUUGCAUUCUCUGAAUGGUGUUAAAUUUGAUCCUCAAUCUGGUUCCACUUUGCACAUUGAACUGGCGAGAUCAAAUUCUAGAAGAAAACUUACACCAGGAAGUGGUCCAUAUGUUGUCAUUGAUAGAAGAACGAAUUCUGAGACUGACGCUAGGGAAUCAUCUAGCGAGGAUGGAGAUGGUGAUUCUGAUGACCCAGCCACCAACCCUGAUGAGGGGAACCAAGACACUUCAGCAGCUGAGAAAAGCACCGAACCAACAGGCUAUGGCAAUGAUGCUUUUGCUCAAGAGAGUGAGCAAGGUGAAAAGGCAGCAGAUGGUGCAUGCUCUACCUUGUUUAUUGCUAAUUUAGGUCCAACCUGUACUGAAGAUGAACUGAAGCAACUUCUUUCGCAAUACCAAGGAUUCAACAGCCUUAAGGUUCGUGCCAGAGGUGGAAUGCCAGUUGCAUUUGCUGAUUUCGAGGGAGUGGAACGUGCAACCGAGGCAAUGAACUCGCUUCAAGGAAGCACGCUGCCAUCCUCUGACCGCGGUGGAAUGCAUAUAGAAUACGCAAGGUCGAAAAUGAGGAAGCCCUAAUCUCUACUUUAGAUGCAAACUGCCUGCAUCAUUGGAUGCUUAAAAUUGUAUGACGUAGCUAGAAAAUUGUUGUUAAUCUGUGUUAAUGCAUUACUGGAAUACUAUUUAAUUGGCCGUACUGAUGCAAUGAUGAGUUUGCUCAUUCAUUCCUGCAUAUCAUGUUAAACUAUAUAACUGUAUACUAGUGUUGCCAUUCUUGACUAU